AUUUCAGCUACCCACACUAAUCAAAGGCACCUCAGAUGAUGAAGUUCCAUGCCCAGGUUAUCUGCUUGAAGAGAUUGCCAAGAUCUCCCAUGAAUCAACAGGAAGCAGUCACUGUCUCCUUGAAUACCUCCUCAAUCGUCUUCAGAGCAACUCAUGUCAUAUCAAGCUAAAGGUGCUUAAGAUCCUGCUCUAUAUGUGUACCCAUGGCUCGUCACCUUUCCUUCUGCAGCUUAAGAGGAAUUCUUCAUUCAUUCAGGAAGCCAUAGGAUUCACAGGGCCUCCUGAUCCUCUCCAUGGCAACAGCUUGCAUCAGAAGGUGCGGAUGACUGCACAGGACCUGGCAGGCACUUUAUUUUCAGAUGUGCUGUUGCCUCAAUGUGUUACUCAGCCAUCUAAAGAGCUGCCUUCAUCAG